AAUUUUAAAAAUGAACCCACAACAACAAAGAAGAGUCGACAGUCUCACCAAUCAUUUAUGUGCAUCAUCAAAUGAAAGUUUUUAUCUUAGUAUGAACAACACAGAUGCAUCCUUAAGAGAACUUGUUAUUAGAGCACAAACCCAAAGAAAUGAAAAGAACUCAAGAACUCUUAAAGGUUUAGAAGAAUUAAAAACAUUAGUUGGCAAAGAAAUUGGUACCUCAAGUUAUUUCAAAAUCACCCAAGAUCGUGUUAACUCAUUUGCAGAAUCAACUGGUGACUUCCAAUGGAUUCACAUUGAUCCAGAAAGAGCCACUAAUGAAUCACCAUUUGGUGGUCCAAUUGCCCAUGGUUUCUUAACAUUAUCAUUAGCCCCAAUGUUUGCUGAAGAAGUUAUGCCAAAUGUCGAAGGUAUUAAAUAUGGUGUUAACUAUGGUUUUAACAAAAUUAGAUUCCUUUCACCAGUCCCAGUCGGUGGAAAUUUAAGAUGCAAAUUCGAACUCCAAGAAUUAACCUCUGUUUCUGGUGGCAAUGUGGAUGCACCAAAAGGAACAAUUCGUACACAAGCAAUUAUUGAUAAAGAAAUUGAAAUGUAUAGAGAUAAAAGCAAUGAAAAUAAAAUUAAAAUGCCAGAAUCAACAAAAGAAAGACAAGAGGUUUUAAGACAACAUGAAGACUUUAGCUCAUUAAAAUUUGAAAAUGAAUUAAAGAUUCAAGAAGAAAAAGCAAAUAAGGAAAUUAAAGAAGGCAAACAUGAAGAGGCAUUAAAAAGACUUUAUUGGAUAUUAACAAAAACACCAUACGAUGUUCACAUUCGUCUACAACGUGCUACAUUACUUCAAGAGAUGUCACGUUUUGAAGAAGCAAUUAAAGAUUGUGACAAAGUUAUUAAAACUUCACUUGAUGGUGAAUAUUUAUCAGAAUCAUAUACACUUAAAGGUCUAUGCUUUAUGAGAAUGGGAAAAUAUCAUGAAUCAAUUAUUGCAUUCGAAAGAUCAUUAUUAUUAAUCAAUGAUCCAAAAGUUUUAGAUUUAAAGAAAAAGGUUGAAAUUUUAUUAUACCCAGAAACUGUUAUAGUACCAACAUAUGAAGAUGAUUAUGAAUUUUUUAAAGGUGUAUCAUCAACUUUAAUGGAUAAUGCAACCGUUCAAAGUUCACAAACUCAUGGUAGAGGUAUUUUUGCAACAAGAGAUAUGGAUGAAGAAGAAUUACUUUUUGAAAUUCCAGCAAUUAUCUCAAUUCCAACCAAUUUAGUUAAAAACAAAGUAGAAAAACAUGAUAGUGAUCAUUGUUAUCAUUGUCAAUUAUCAUUAAAACCAUUAAGUUUAGAAAAUGAAAAAGAAAUUUCCAAAUCAAAAGAAUUCUUUAAAAUUCAAGAAACAUUACAUCGUUUAACUAAUUUACCAGUUGGUGAUAUUUCUGGUGUAGGAUGUCCAAGUUGUAAUGAAGCAGUAUUUUGCUCAAAUGAUUGCUACUCAGAAGGUAUUCAACAUCACUCAUUGGUUUGCAGCGGAAAGAAUUCAUUCCACAAUUAUUUAUUAAAGUUUUAUCAUGAAUGCGAAAAAUUAGACGAUGACACCAAAUCAAUAUACCUUUUAAUGCUUAGAUUAUUUUCAAUUCAAUUCAAUGCAGGUGAUCAAAAUUCACCACUCCGUCCAAUGGAGUUAGAUGGAUUUAUUAAACGUUUAGUUCACUCAACACCAACAAAAAAACACUCAACACCACUCACCAGACAAGAUAAUAAAAUGUUCCAAUUAAUGAAAAAUAUUUUCAUGAAUCGUGAAAUCACCACAGAUAUCUUCCAACGUGUAAAAAGUAUUGUACAAUUAAAUGCAUUAAUAUUCCCAACUAGUACCAUUCGUGUAUUAUCUGAAAGAAACCCAAUGGAUGAAUUAGGAUGGAAUUUUGAUUUUGAAGAGGUUCAAUCAAGAACAGUUUUCAGUAUUUUACAACAAGCCUCUUUCUUUAAUCAUUCUUGCGAACCAAAUAUAUUUAUUGCAACACCUGUUGUAAAUGAUAAAUCAAUUCGUUUUUGCACAAGAAGACCAAUCAAAAAAGGAGAAGAAUUAUUUAUAACCUAUUUAGAUGGCUUUGAUUUAGAUACAGAAACUAGAAAAACAAUUUUAAACACAACACACAUGUUCACCUGUAAAUGUCCCUCAUGCACCAACAAUAAAACCAUCAAAUCAUUAUCAAUUAUUGAUUAA